AUGUCGUGGUGCACCAUUGAGUCGGAUCCAGGUGUUUUCACUGAACUUAUACAACAGAUGCAAGUUAAAGGAGUUCAGGUUGAGGAGUUGUAUUCCUUGGAUCUUGAUUCUCUAGAAAAAUUUAGGCCGGUGUACGGGUUAAUUUUCCUCUUCAAAUGGCGAUCCGGUGAAAAGGACGACCGCCCCGUGAUUUCGGACCCGAACCCCAACCUCUUUUUCGCCAGCCAGGUCAUAAACAAUGCCUGCGCCACCCAAGCAAUCCUCUCCAUUCUCGUGAACAGCCCGGACGUCGACAUCGGGCCCGAGCUGUCAGCUCUGAAGGAGUUCACCCGCAACUUCCCACCGGAUCUCAAGGGCCUGGCCAUCAACAACAGCGAGGCCAUCCGCACUGCCCACAACAGCUUCGCCAGGCCCGAGCCCUUUGUCCCGGAAGAGCAGCGAGCCGCAGGCAAAGACGAUGAUGUCUACCACUUCAUAAGCUACAUACCCUUUGACGGGACCCUUUACGAGCUCGACGGGCUCAAGCAGGGCCCUAUCAGCUUGGGCCCACUUCUCCCCGGCGACGGGUCCGGGUGGCUGAGGGCAGUGGUGCCGGUGAUCCAGGAGAGGGUCGAGAGGUACUCGCAAAACGAGAUACGGUUUAACUUAUUGGCGGUGAUCAAGAACCGGAAAGAGGUGUAUACGGCUGAGUUGGAGGAGCUGCAGAGGAGGAGGGAGCAGGUGCUGGCGGCAGUGCCGCCGCCGGAGGAGGCGGAUGCUGAGCUGGUGGAGAUAAAUUUGGGGAUAGAGGCGGCCAAGGAAGGGAUAGUGGCGGAGGAGGAGAAGUUUAGGAAGUGGAGGACUGAGAACGUGAGGCGCAGGCAUAAUUACAUACCGUUUCUUUUCAAUUUGUUGAAGGUGCUGGCUGAAAAGAAGCAGCUGAGGCCUCUGGUGGAGAAGGCCAGGCAGAAGGCGGGCGGCAGGUCAUAG